AUGUUGACCAUCCUCAGUGAAGAGUUCCUUCCUGACAAUUACAAAAGGUAGGAAUUAAACAGCCUGCAUUAAACAUUUCAUUAUGAUAUAGUAAUGACAAGAACUGUGAUAAAAUUCACUCGGAAUAAUCCUUAAAUUUGACAUUAUAAACUCACACUAUAAAAAAUAUAAAAUAAUAAUAAAAUAAAGAUUCAAAAUGUUGCAGGAAACCCUAAAUGACAUUUAAAAAUCUGACUUCCCUGCAAUUAUUUUGAUUUUUAUUUAAGGUAUGUGGAGAUGAAUGUGAAGUACUCCCAAGGAUAUCGCAAGUAUAAAUCAGACAUUCCUUCAUUUUUAGUGAACAGGCCGAGAAUAUUAGUUCUGCAUUGUCAAGAGAGGAUUUUCGCAGCCAAGGAUAUUAAGAGCCAACACAUCGAGUGCAUUGAUAUCUCUAAAGGAACAUUUAACAUCAAGAGUCAAAGCCAGGAUGGUUCCUGGUAUGUCUUGAGUUUUGGAGAUUCUGAGACCAUGUGCCAUUGUGGAUGUCCAUACUGGCAAAAGUGGUGGCUGCCCUGCAAGCAACUUCAUUGCCAUAUUCAAUACUUAUCCAGCAUAGCAAUGGGAAAACUUAUCAUCACUCUACCUUAACUCUCCUUUCUUCUCAUUGGAUGAGGAGCUCAUCAAAAAGCUACAAUCACCCUGCAACAUGACCAGCUCCCAAACUGCUGAAGAACCAUUGACAACUCCACACCUAGAAGAACCACAAGAACAACGAAACAUCUCAGAAAAGCAUUCACCUGUUGAUCAAUGCACUUCAGAUUCGAAAACCCCUCCGACUCUUGAUGUUGAAGAAGACCUUCCUACCCACCCAAAAAAUGACAGGAACGAGGGAGCUCGGUGCUGCGAUCUACUGGUCCAGUUAAGAUGUGCUACUCACUUGGUCCACGACUCAGAGGCUUUGACUUCACUACAACUUAAAUUAGUCCAAGCACUAUCUGAAGUUAGAUGA